AGUUGUUUCGGAAAUAGUUUUACGCCAACUUCGAGAGGCGAGGCGAGGCAUGUGGAAGGAGCAGGGGUGACACUUAUCCCCGCUAAAAAUGUAUCUCUUCUGUGGUUAUAAUGGUAAAACGUUGUAAGGAUAAGUUAUGAAGUUGUUUAUCCAACCACCGCCAGGAGAAUUAUUUAGCAACUGGAGACAACUUUGAGAAAAGCGCGUGAAAACUAUGCCAGCGAAGCAGGGUAGUAGCUAGCUAGCUGGAAAGCACCGCUAUGAAGUGAUGAAUGACUACAAGUUUACGUAGCAGGGAACCGUUAUUCCACCAUGGACUGUUCUCCCUUCUCAAAAUACUCAUGGCUGGAUUUUCUUUUCAGUGUGAUUGGUGUCUGCGCCUAUGUGUUCGAUGUCGGUUCCGAUAUGUGGGUUGCCAAAGAGUUCUACUGCCAUGGAGAGUUCAUUUGGUUUGGAGUGUUAGUUGGCCUCAUGGUUCUGUCGUCUGUGGUCAUCCAGAUGUUCAGCUGGUUUUGGUUCAAAUACGACAGAGAUUUAGAAAACUUUGAGGUGAAUACAGCACCAGAGAAGUUUUUGUUUUGCGGCCAGAGGCGUGUGAAAGUCUCGUGUUGUCUGCAUGUUUUGCAACUUGGAUUCUUCUUCAGGCACCUUACAGCUAUUUGGCAGGGCUUCCGCGUGUGGUGGAGAGGCCAGCAGGGGUCGGAGUAUGCCGUGUACCUGGUCCACGACCUCAGCAUGCUGCGGCUCAUCGAGACCUUCUGUGAGAGUGCGCCUCAGCUGACGCUAAUGGCCUACAUCAUGCUCUUCACUAACCAGGCCAGGACCAUCCAGUGUGUGAGUGUGGUCGCCUCUACGACAUCUAUUGCCUGGAUGGUGGUGGACUACCACCGCUCCCUGCGUUCCUUCCUGCCCGACAAAGCCAAGCAAGCCUGGGCGUCGUCGGUGAUCUACUUCCUGUGGAAUCUGCUGCUGAUCGCGCCGCGCGUGGCCUGCGUGGCCCUCUUCACCUCCGUCCUGUCCCACUACAUUGCCCUCCACUUCCUGCUGGUGUGGCCCGCGCUGGUCCUCUGGGCCUGGCGCCAGAGGACCGACUUCAUGGACAGCCCCGCCGGAGAGCGGCUCUACCGGGCCACCGUAGGACUCAUCUGGUACUUCAGCUGGUUCAACGUGGCGGAGGGCUCCACCAGGGGCAGGAGUGUCAUCUACCACUCCUUCAUGAUAGCGGACGGCGCCGUCCUGCUGGUCACGUGGUGGCACUACAGGGACAUAGAGCUGACCCAGUCGUACGCCGUCAUCAUGGUCCUGGCCGUGCCUGUCUGCUACUCCCUGGGGCUGCUGUUGAAGACUCUGUACUACUGCUACUUCCAUCCCAAGCUGUGGAGACCCCAGGACAAGAGGGGUGGGAAGCUGGAGCCAGAUGGAUCUCUGCCUGUGACCUGUAUGGCCACGUCCACACAGGCAGAUGCUCCUGCUGAGCCGCAUAACAGGAGAAUGGCCAGACAUGCCAGAAUUUUUUACACUGCCGGUGUCGACACAUCCGAGAUGGGUCAGAUCAACAGACGUGAAGGCAAUAACAUAGUUUAGAUGGAUCAUGUUGCUAUGUGUUUUUUGAAUGUUUGUCUUGUUGUUUCAUACCGUUGAUGCUGUUCUGCAUGCUGUGUUUUCCUACCACUUUGAAGUGCACAAUCACAUACAGUUUUGUAUUGAUGACUCACUCUUACGAUUGCACUUGGUGCCAAUGAAAAGAAUCAAAUGAAUUAGUACAUUUCAUGAAAUAUGUUGUCUUGUUUAUGCUCAAAGGUGAUGAAAAGUGAUAUUCCUCCAAGCUAUCCUUUAAGCAUAUUUUAUACAAAACUGUUUUUUAUAUUUAAUAGUGUGGUGAAAUAUUUAAAAAACAGGCUGCAUACGUUGUGCUCAUCAAAAAUGUGAAUGUUAACUAUAUUUUUAAUGCUUUUAGUGGAGAAUAAACAUACCUCACUCAUA